CACGGCCGCUCUUCCACCCUCAAAUGCCCGGGAAGAAGCCUCCGAGCACCCCGAGUGACGCGGUGCAGGGGAAGGAGUACCGGCCAAUUAACGGUGCCCAGUCCCCGUCCCAGCCCCCCACCAGCCCCCUCUCGCCCGCCCCGACCGCCACGCAAAACUUCCAGCCCCCUGCAGCCCCCCACGCCGGCGGAGGAGGUGGCGGAGGUGGCGGGGGAUCGCUAACCCCUUCGGCAGCGCCCCCGCAGAAGGAGUCAGGGAGCGGCCGUUCGAAGAGCAAGGACUUGGCACCGUCAGGGAAGGACUCUCGUAGUACCUCCAGGGACACCCCCACGCCCCUGCACCUCCCGCAGGACCCCCCCCUCGGUCCGGCACGCAGCCCCCCCCCGAAGUCAGCCAUCUCCUUCAACCCCAUCAUGCCGCGCGCCGAGAAGCCCUUUGACAGUGAGUACCCACACGCAGAAGGUUUUUUUUUUUUUUUAAGGGUGACUCCUGUAUGGUUGAUUUUUCCGUGA